CAGAUUUCUUUCCGCUGCACGUUUCGCUUCAUCCACACUUUUCUCUCUCGGGUGGAAGAACCGUCAUGUCUCUCGGAAAAGCUGCCCGGGGUUUGGUGCCCUCCGCCCGCGGGCUCCUUCGGGCAUCGGCCGGGGCUCCGAGCCGGACCUACGCCGCCGUGGCCGCGGCCCGAGCGGUGCUGGAGGGCGAGCUGGACUCGAUCCGAGCCGCCGGGACGUGGAAGGCAGAGCGGGUCAUCACGUCCAAACAGGGGGCGCAGAUCAACGUGGACGGAAGCCGAGGCAACAUAUUGAAUUUCUGUGCCAACAACUACCUCGGCCUGUCCAGUCAUCCAGAAGUGGUGCAGGCCGGGAUCGAUGCCCUGAAAUCGCACGGCGCUGGACUGAGCUCCGUCAGAUUCAUCUGUGGGACACAGGAUCUGCACAAAGAUCUGGAGCAGAAGCUGGCACUGUUCCACGAGAGGGAGGACUGCAUCCUCUACGCCAGCUGCUUCGAUGCCAACGCCGGGCUGUUUGAGGUUCUGUUGGGCCCGGACGACGCUGUGCUGUCUGACGAGCUGAACCACGCCUCCAUCAUCGACGGGAUCCGUCUGUGUCGAGCAAAGAGGUUUCGCUACAAACACAUGGACCUGAACGAUCUGGAGGUCCAGCUCAAGGAGUCGCAGUCGUCUCGGAUGCGCCUGGUCGUCACAGACGGCGUCUUCUCCAUGGACGGAGACGUGGCUCCCUUACAGGGAAUCUGUGACCUGGCUGAACAGUACGGAGCCAUGGUGUUUAUAGACGAAUGCCACGCCACCGGCUUCCUGGGGCCCCGGGGCCGAGGGACGGACGAGCUGCUGGGAGUGAUGGACCGAGUUCACAUUGUGAACUCCACCCUGGGGAAAGCACUGGGAGGAGCAGCAGGUGGCUACACAGUCGGCCCGAAGCCCCUCAUAGACCUGCUGAGGCAGCGUUCACGGCCGUAUCUGUUCUCCAACUCCCUCCCCCCCCCUGUGGUGGGCUGUGCCACCCGGGCUGUGGAGCUGCUGCUCGCCUCCAAUGAGAUCGCACAGAGCAUGACGGCCAAAACCAUGAGGUUCAGGGACAACAUGACCGAGGCUGGUUUCACCAUCUCGGGCUCGGCCCACCCGAUCAGUCCGGUGAUGCUCGGGGACGCGCGGCUGGCGUCUCUGAUGGCCGACGACAUGCUGAAGCUGGGAGUGUACGUGGUUGGAUUCUCUUUCCCGGUCGUACCAAAGGGCAAAGCCAGAAUCCGUGUUCAGAUUUCUGCGGCUCACUCGGACGAGGACAUCGACCGCUGCGUGGACGCCUUCAUCCAGACGGGCAGGAAGCACGGCGUGGUGUCCUGAGGGCGCCCGGCCAGGGAGAAUCAGCCGCUGCUAAAGAAACCGUGAAGCCUGCUGCCUGUUACUCGAGACCUGUGAAUGAUUGUGAUGGAUAUAUUGGUUACAGAUGUUUAUGUUGUGUAUGUGUGUGUGCUUGGCUUGAUAAAGACCGUGUGGUUACGUGUGUAUUUAAAACAAAAGGGCUGUUUAUUCCUUAUUCCCCAUUAAUUUAAUGAGCAACAACAUUUCUCUCAGAUUAUUUUACCUGUCGACGAUAGACAAGUUUAUUUAGAUGAGUCAGUCAAGCCUAAUGCAGGUUGUUCUUUUAAUAAUUAAGAACAUAAAUGUAAUGGAAAUAAACUUAGAUUGUCAGCACCUAUCAUAGUUAACAUUGAACUUAUGCCUUAAAACUAGUGAAAGAACCAAAUAUUAGUUUUUAAGUGACUGAAAAUAAAAUUCAUAUUUUUUUUCCGCCAUUGCCAACAUUUAUGAAUGAGUUAUGUUGUGUCUCAUAUCAUCUCAGUGGAGCUGCUUUGUCCAGAUGCAACAGCAGAUCUGCAACGUUCUGGUCGUGGAGAUAAUGAAAAAACAUUAAAGAUUCUCUCAAAUCAAA